AUGGACACGAGCGCCCUGCUUGCCAUCAUUGCACAGUCAAGGAGCAGCAACGAUGCCCCCACGGCAGACAAGGCCGCGGCCUCAGCAGCCUCGUCAAAUUCAGAUCAUGAGGAUGAGGAGUCUGACGAUGAAGGGCCAGGUGCUACUGCUACCUUUUUUGGUUCCAAGCGCAAAGCAGGUGCUUCCAAAGCAGCCCCCAAAGUUCCAGCCAAAGCUGCCAAAGCCAAACAAACCAGCGCCCCUUCCACUUCAGCCAGAGGAGGCAAAGCAUCGCAGACAGCGCCUGCUAGCUCCUCCAAGGCCUCCAAGGUUGAGAGCGCCCAGGUUGCAAAGAAGAACGAAGCCAAGUCUGUGUUGGUUGCUGCUGCUGCCGACGGCACAGCAGAGUCAACUAUGGCUUUGGAUGGACGCGCCCAAAGAACCCUUCGCACCCUCCAGAAGUCCUUGUCUGAUCAACUAGCCGCCCUUCAAGCCAUCAAUGUCGAUGACGGCCCUACGCCAGUGGCUACUGCAGCACAGGCCGCCUACAAGACAGACUGCAAGAAGCGCGAGGGCGAGCUGAGGAAGAUCGCAAAGAACGUUAGGGAGGUGAUCAAACGCGCAGAAAAGAGUACCAACAAGGACGCCUUUGGUGAUGAGUUGACCAAAUUGGAUGAGGUAGGCCAGGCUGCAAACGCUCUUGCAGAUUUGUUCUCAGUGAUGCCGGUUCCAUGUGCCCAAGCAGACUUGGUCACCAGCGCUUAUGAGGCCGCACUUGUUUUUUUCACUGAGGAGUCAGCUAUCCUUGCAAGCCAAACACUGGGCAGUGGAUUUCGUUUGAAGUAUGUCUUGGCCAAAGCAAGCUGUCACUUCUUCUAUGAGGAGUACAAGAAGUUCUGUGAUUGCUUCAAGGCAGAGGAAGAAGAAAUCCAAGCUUUAGCGACGCUGGUGGGGCAUGAGUCCUUGGAACAGCAAGCUGCGCUUGAGAUGGAAGGUCGCCUAGUUUCAAUGCUGCAAGGCAUUCCUGAGCAGGAAUUGCAAGACAUGGAUGCUGGCAAAAGCUUAGCUGACGAUUCCCAGCUUGUCAAAACUUUGUCCCUGGCCAGGCUUGUCAUGGACAGUUGUGACGAUCAAGGGUUUCUUGCACGCAGCCUGAAAGGCGAUGUCACUGUGGUUGCCAGCCUCCUGGACAGCAGCAAUGUUCUCAAACUGGAAGCUGCUGUGGGAACCUUGAGCGAGGUUGCAACUGCAUCUACAGCAAAAAAAGGCGCCUCAGAGAAAGCAUUGAUGACUCCAAUACAGCGUUUCUUUCUGCAGUGCGCAGGGGGCCAGAGUCUUUAUGCUUUGGCGUCUGCUAGAGUCACUGCAGGUGAGCAGGAAUCAAAGUUUGAAGCUUUGGUUGUGGAGGCCGAAGAGCUGUUGAAGAGUUUCCCUGAGAGCAUUCCUGCUGGCUUCAGCCAAGACCAAAUGGCUGAUAAGAUCAAUAGCUUCUUUGUCCCAGCCAACCAGAAAGUGGGCGAUGUGCAGAAACAGCUCAAGCAAGCUGUGAAGGCUGCUAGCCAGGGACAAAAGGAGAGGCUUAAGGCCAGGUUUAACAGGCUCAAGGAGGAUUUUGCAAAGAAGGUCACCCUACUGACCAAGACCUUUUUGGUUGACUCUGUGACUGAGGUGAUGGACAUCCUGCGCUCAGCAAUCGUUGCUGACUGCAUCGUCGUUGUAUCAGGGCAACGCAAGUUGAUCGACCUGUCGCAAGCGUUCUCAGCUCUGCAUGCUGAAAAGGUUGUAAAGCACCCCCUCCUUGCUGAGCUUCCCAACGCAGAGUGGCUGAAGCAAUACGAAGGUUUUGUUGCCAAGUUGGUGGUUGCGGUUGAGAUCGUGUUUAACAACCACCCAGCAUUCAGCCACCUGCCCAAGAAGGACUUCAAGGUGGAAGUUGUCAAGGGCGACCUUGCAGUGUUGGUUUCCGAGCUCAAGCAAUGGAUCCAGGAUGAAAAACUUCUUGUGAAUAUCAAUGAACAUUUUGUCAAAGCUUGUGGGACCUCACUUGCUACAGCCUGCGCUUCAGGUCUGCAGGCCGUCAAACAUAUGCUUGAGCAGGGCCAAAAGGGGGUUGCGGGCACAGGGAUGUCAAGUGAGACUGAGUUGAACUUGUUGCAGAAGAUACCUCUGGACAAUCCAUUGCGGCCUUUAGUGGCAGGCUUCUUGGAGGUGGCGAAGCAUGUGGAGGCCGAUGACAAGCUUGGAGGUGCUUUGCAAGACUUGCAGAGAAAGCUCGUCGAAGCCCAGAAAGUUGGAGAAAAGGAGCCGCAAGUCAAGGAACAACUCACUGCUUCUGGUUUUGCUGCAGCCGUCCCAUGGUUUCAUGACCUCGGUGCCAAGUUCGUGUCCAGGAGUCAAAAGACAGUUGAUGACAUGUCUGACGCCGUGCGUGUUCAGGGCAAAGCUGUGGGCAAAAUGCUAGAGUCUUUGCCAGGCUUUGACAAUGAGGACAAGUACCGUGGCAAGGGCUUGACGGUUGUGCAGAAGCUUGCUGCAGACACAAAGCAACUGUCUGAGAAGAUAGAGAGCCUUGAAAAUCAUGUUGCAAGCUUGAAGGCUGCCGAAACAUUGGACUUUGGAUUGGGGCCUCUGGCCAAGUCAGCCAUGGAGGGCGAAGAACUUGGCACUGAGGUGAAGACAUUAAAGGGCAUUUUGGCAACCGCUUCUUUGCAUGUUGCGCUAGUGGCAGGCCUGUGUGUUCUGAGGAAUCCCGAGCUGGGCAGUGCUUCUGCUCAGGGCAGCAAGGCGCUGAAGGAGUUGCGGCCAAUAGUUGAGACCUUGCAGAAACAUUUGGCAGAGUUGCCUGAGGGGGAGGCAGAGCUGAAACAGUUCACCCAAAAGGCGGUAGAGGAAUGCACUGCUUUGCUUGCAGGCAAGAGGCCUCCAAAGAAACAACCUGGCGCUGAGACCAAGACACAGGAAAAGAAGGCCAAUGAGACAGAGGAAGACAAGGAUGAGAAGGGUCAAAGAAAAGACCAGGAAAAAGACAAGAGCAAGGACAAUGACAAGAAGAAAAAGAAAGAUAAGAAAAAGAAAGAUAAGAAAAAGAAAGAUAAGAAAAAGGAAAAGAAAGAAAAGAAGAAAGCCAAAGAGGCCACAGAAGAGGAAGGAGAGGACGUGGAAGAGGAAGAGGCCAAUGAGCCGCCAGCUAAGAAAGCAAAGGCCCAGGUUUUGGAAAACAGUGCUGCUGCAGAUUGGGUCUACAAGUACAAGGCUCCUGGAGAUGGUAGGCGCCUGAAAAAGAACGACUCUUGCGAGGAAAGCCGGCUGAUGCUUGAGGCCUCUGGCCGGGUUGUCGAUCCAGCAGCGAUUAAGAACGGCUCUUUAUUGCUAAGCCUUGCCGAAGAGCAUAUUAAGGGCUACUGGACACUUUUUCCAGACCAGGAGUUCGGACCGCAGCUGACUUCCACAGAUUGCAAAAUGGAGGAGUUGAGUUUGUCUUGGGGAAGCUGUUGCAGCGGGUCGGAAGGUGCCUUCUAUGUCUUUGAAGCAUUGAAUUCAGUUUUUGAGUCUCAUGAUGUGCGGCUUUCUUUGCGACAUAAGUUCAGCUGCGAGUCUCACCAAGACAAGCAAAAGUGGAUCCAAGCAGUGGUGAAGUGUGGGCCUCUUGAUCGUUCCCUUGAUGGAGAAACCCUGUGCAUUCCAGAGGAAGCAGGUUCACCUUGUAUUUUUGCCAAUAUUGCGAUCUUCACAAAGGUGUUCUUGGUCGACCUGUCCUCGAAAUGUCUGGAAAUGUCGACAUCCAAGGGCGGCUCUGCUCAAACUUACCACGGUUUCAUUUCCUAUGUUCAAGCCAUGCCACCGCUGUUUGUGUUCUAUGAGAAUGUGGAUGCUAUAGAGGACGCAAUUGGGCCUCAGGCCGUGUCCAACAUGGACAUCCUCUUGAACCAAAUGUCUGAAUUAGGCUACGCUUCUCAAAAGAUGAUGACCGAUGCGAAGGAAUUUAGGCUCCCAGCCAGGCGGCGUCGUAGCUACGUCCUUUUUGUUCGGCAAACCAAUCCAUACUUGGAUUUCUCGAAGCAAGGGUUGCACGAUGCCCUAGCAACUUUCCGUCUGAUGGUGGCCUCUUGUCUACGGUCUGCUCCUUGUGUCUCUGAAGUGCUGCUAGACAAUGCAGAUGAUGACGAAGCGGCUGAGAUAGCCGGUGGGCUAGAAGAACGACGGGCCCGAGUCUUCUGGUGUGCGUCCAUCCCACCGCACCCCCAAAUCUUGGCUGAUCUUGAAGUGCUGCUCGGGCCACUUGUCGCAGCUUUGCGCAUUUGGGGCCUUGGCUGCCCUCUUUGCUGCUGCGGCUUCCUGGGCCAGGAGGCUUUGCUGUUGCAAGGGUUUCCUGUCCGACCUUUUCUGGCAGCCCAUGAGAAAUUGCGAAAGAAUGAAGCUGCUUCCACCCAGAGCAAUCAGCCUCUGGCUGGGUCAACAAAGAAAAGGAAGAGAGAGGAGAAGGAGAAAACAAUCCAGUUGGACAUCUCUGAGAGCCUGAUGCAGGACCUAGCUGGCAAUGCUAUGGCGUUGCCAGUCGUUCUCGGCAUUGUUCAGUCUGCCCUGUGCUGUUUCAAGUGGAAACCACUGGUGGAGCCAGCCACUGAGGAGCAGUUGGAUUUGGCCAUGGGCGCCUUAGGUAUCCUUGCGAGCCUUCAGGGCAAGUCUGGAAAGUGA